AAGCGGCGGCGCGGAGUGGCGCGGCGCUGGGGUGACGGCGACGAGGAGGGACGGGAGCCAAGCGGGGCUGGAGGCUACGGCGGCCGGGAGGCAUGCUGCGGCGGGCGGCGGCGGCGGCGGCGGCGGGACGCGGCCUUAGGAGGCAUCUGGGGGUAGUGCUGAGGCGAGGGCAGAGCGGUGAGGCGGGCAGCCCUGAGCGAGGCCCUCGCAGUGCCCGCACCCCCAGGAUCUACACAAGAACGGGAGAUGAAGGCUUCUCCAGCACCUUCACCGGGGAGAGGAGGCCGAAGGGCGACCGGGUCUUUGAAGCACUGGGGACGACGGAUGAGCUGAGCUCUGCCAUCGGGCUUGCUAGCGAGCUGAGCAGUGAGAAGGGCCAUGCAUUUGUUGAACAGCUUCACAAGGUCCAGUGUAUGCUGCAGGAUGUGGGCUCCAACAUCGCAACACCUCUCUCCUCGGCCAGGGAAGCUCACUUAAAAAGAACAUCUUUUAGUGAGGAGCCCGUUCUGGAGCUGGAGCAGUGGAUUGACAGAUACUCAGAGCAGCUUCCUCCGCUUAGAGCUUUCAUCUUGCCAUCAGGAGGUAAAAGCAGUGCUGCUCUCCAUUUCUCCCGAGCUGUCUGUCGCAGAGCUGAGAGGUGCGUGGUUCCCUUAGUCCAAGCAGGGGAAGCAGAUCCAAACGUGGCCAAAUAUUUAAACAGACUGAGCGACUACCUCUUCGUUUUGGCACGUUAUGCUGCAAUGAAGGAAGGGAAGGAAGAGAAAAUAUAUACAAAGCCAGGACCAUAACUGAGAGCUGGAAUGUUUGUUUUGUAGAUGAUGGAAAGCUAAAUCCAGCAGAGUGCUUUCCCCAGGCAUGGAUGGGAAAGAGAGCAAGUCUAAAUUGGGAAUGUGAGCUGCCAAAGACUUCCAGUGAACAUGAUCAGGACCUUGUUCAUAAAUGUUGUGAGGAACACAGCUUUCUGUUCACUAGGCCUUGUGGUAACACAGUGGUGUUGGAAUUACUCUUUGCCCUGGAUCAGAGCUGAGACAAGAGACUUCUAAUAACUCCAGCUGAUUUCUAGAGUUGUCUUAAUUUCCCUGGGCAGUGGCAGGUUCUGUGGAAAGACUUUGACAGGGCUCUGAGGUAUGAAGAAAAGAAAACAAUCAGCUUUCCUUUGGAAGUCAUAAUGCUCACACAGAGUGGGUGCUGUGCUGAGAUUCAGGAACUCUGUCCACAAGCUUUGAAAUAAUAAAUGUGAUUUACUUGUACCAAA